CGGCGUGCGGCCCAGCUGCGGUGUUAAUGGCGGCGGCUGAUACCGCCGCUGAGCUGUGACCAUCAGCGCGCUCCCGGCCGGCCGGCGUGGCGUCAUCAUGUCCGUGGUGCCGCCCAACCGCUCGCAGACCGGCUGGCCCCGUGGGGUCAACCAGUUCGGCAACAAGUACAUCCAGCAGACUAAGCCGCUCACGCUGGAACGCACCAUCAACCUGUAUCCACUUACAAAUUAUACAUUUGGUACAAAGGAGCCGCUUUAUGAGAAGGACAGUUCAGUGGCAGCUCGGUUUCAGCGCAUGAGGGAAGAAUUUGACAAGAUUGGAAUGAGGCGGACAGUAGAGGGUGUUCUGAUUGUACAUGAGCACAGGCUGCCCCAUGUAUUACUACUGCAGCUGGGUACAACAUUCUUCAAACUGCCUGGUGGUGAACUAAAUCCAGGAGAAGAUGAGGUAGAAGGGCUCAAGCGUUUAAUGACAGAGAUCUUGGGGCGUCAAGAUGGAGUUCAGCAAGACUGGGUGAUUGAUGACUGUAUUGGUAACUGGUGGAGACCAAAUUUUGAACCUCCACAGUAUCCGUAUAUUCCAGCUCAUAUUACAAAACCUAAAGAGCACAAAAAGCUCUUUUUGGUUCAGCUUCAAGAAAAGGCUUUGUUUGCAGUCCCCAAAAAUUACAAACUCGUGGCUGCACCUUUGUUUGAACUUUAUGACAAUGCACCAGGCUAUGGACCCAUAAUUUCCAGCCUUCCUCAACUUUUAAGCAGGUUCAAUUUUAUUUACAACUGAAUUCCAUUCUAUCUGAAGAGUGUGGUAGAAGAAGCCGUCUCUGUGAGCACAGCUUUAAGAUGUAGAGGAAAGAAUACAUGUGAUGCAAGGAUUUUUUUUAUGUCUCUCUCUCUUUUCUUUCCCCCCCUGCUCUCCUCCCCUUUUUGCCCUCUCCCCUACCCACCUUUAAUGUCACAACAUUUUCUAUUGUAAGAACAGAAGUGAAUCUCGACUGUUUAGAUAGUGGGAUGGCAAAUGUAAUUCAGUGUUUUAAUCCAUUUUCAUUGUAAUAUUCACCUGACUUUUUUUUUCUACAACAUUAAACAAAAAUGGAUACGU